AUGAUUUUUUCAAACGUUGUUAGAGUUUUGGCCAUAACUUCCCUUUGCACAAAGGGUAUGGCUGCUCCAUAUCCAGUAGCAAAAGGUGUAAAAGUUUACGAACGUGAGGCUGCACCAAUUGCAGAUCCAGAGCCGGUUGCUUUUACCUACAAUGAAGAAUUGCUAAAGAGAGACGGUCUUGCUAGUGCAAUCAGUGCUCUUCUUACUGAUGCUGUGAGCACAGUAGCCAAUGGAUUGCUUGGUACUCUUAACACAUUGGUUCAAGGGCUAGUUAGUGAUUUGACAAGCUGUGAUGGUGUUCUUAAUGAUUUAGGUGCUGUUCUUGAUGGUAUCCUUACCGAUGCUGGUGAAGGUGCUGACUCAUCUGUUCAGGAUGUUGUUACCCUUAUUCAAAAUCUUGUUGAUGCCAUCAUUUCAGGUGCUUCCAGUGCAAAUAUUCUUACCGAUUUAUCUAAUCUUCUAAGUGGAAUUGUCUCAGCAGUUGGAACUGGUGGUGAUGACGUUCUAACCACAGUGGGAAAUCUUCUUGCAGAAUUGGUUGAAAGUUUAACAACUGCCAAAGGUCAAUGUUCUUCUACCGCCGCUGUUACCCUUACUGAUGUUUGCGGAAAUGCCAUAUCUUCUAGCUCUAGUACUUCUACUAAUUUCGAUGCAGAGGGCAUUCUUGGAGAUGUUGCCGAGAUCAUUAACGAUGCAAUCUCUUCUUUGACUUCAAGCACAGGCUCUGGAAUACUUGGAGACGUUCUUGAUUUGAUUACAGAACUUAUUGACGACUUGACUGACUGUGAUGGUGUUUUGAAUGAUCUUGCUACUGAUAUCCAAAGCAUUCUUUCAGAAGCAGGCUCCUCAGGAGAUGAUGUUCUUAGCGAAAUUGCUAGUUUGCUUGGAGACCUCGUGACAGAUAUUCUUACCUCUGCCACUUCCCUUAAUAUAUUAACUGACUUGAGUAACUUGGUCGGAAAAAUCUUGAGUUCAGUUGGAUCGUCAAGUAGUGACGUUCUUAGUGACAUCGGUGAUUUGCUUGAAAGUAUUUUGAAUACGCUUGCCAAUGGUAGUGCAUCUUGCUCAUCAGAAUCUUCUGCAAAGUCAUCAUCUUUAUGUACCAGCUCAACAAACUCUCUUUCCAGCGCAAGCUCUAGCUCUGUGACUUCCUCCAGCUCUUCUGCCUCUACAUCUUCUUCAAACUCCUCUGCUGAAACCACAUCUGUCUCAAGCUUGACUGAAUCUUCAUCUGGUUCGAGCUCGACUGAGUCUACAUCUGGUUUGAGCUCCGUUAGCGGUUCAACCGAAACAUCAUCUGCUACUGGUUCUAGCUCAGUUACUGAGUCAAGUGGAUCAGCAAGUUCUACCGGCUCUAGCACUAUAAGCGGAUCGAGCACCGCAUCGGGAUCUGUCAGUGGAUCGAGUAUUACAUCAGGUUCAGUUAGUGGAUCAAGCACUGCCUCAAGUUCAGUUAGUGGAUCAAGCACUGCCUCAAGUUCAGUUAGUGGAUCAAGUAUUACAUCAGGUUCAGUUAGUGGAUCAAGUACUGCAUCAGGUUCAGUCAGUGGCUCUAACUCAUUGACAGCUGCCACUGGUUCUUUAACCAAAACAAAUGAAAGUGGUAACGAAACAAAGACAUCAUCAGGUGCAAAUGCUAGUGCCUCAGGUAAUGGAUCUGGUUCUAGUGGAUCAGGAUCUAAUUCAGGAAACGGUUCUAAGAAUGGCUCGGGAAUCGAAUCAGGAAAUGGAUCGGGUUCAGGUUCAGGCUCAGGUGCUAACGGUAAGAAUGUUGAAACAACUGUCAUUACUGUUACAUCAUGCUCCGAUCAUGUCUGCACUAAGACUCCUGUUACUACUGGCGUUUACUCUUACACUACAACCGAAAAUGGUGUUGAAACCGUUUACACAACCUACUGCCCAUUGACCUCUGAAGAGACUAAAGCAACUGUUUCUGCUUAUCCAGAAGAGACUACUGUCAUUACUGUCACCUCAUGCUCUGAUAAUGUCUGCACUAAAAUCCCUGUUACUACAGGUGUCUACUCUUACACAACAACCGAAAAUGGUGCAGAGACCGUUUACACAACUUACUGCCCAUUGACUGCCGAGGAGAAUGAAGCAAGUGUUUCUGCUUCCCCAGAAACUUUAGCCUCAGUUUCAUCAUCCGCAGCUACUCAAAUUGCCGCAGGCUCUGUUAGUGAGUACACAGGUGCAUCUUCUUCGGCUCAAUUGAUUAAAUCCUCAGCUUCAUCUGUUGCUGCAGUCUCGACUUUGGCCUCAUCAGCCGCUACAAUUCAGCCUUCUGGCUCUGUUAGUGAGUACGAAGGAGCUGGCUCAUCUAUUCAAUACGGAAGUCAGCUACUCUUAACAUUGCUUGCUGUUUUCUUGUUAUGA